UUGAUGUUUUCACUAAUUGGGGAAAAUCUCAGUGUCGUAUUGAAGAAAUAAAAAAAAGUAUCCAAAGACUUCCUUCUCAACCAAGUCAACAAACUCACUUCUGAAUGUGGUAAAGGUGAUGGCAACAUGCCAUGUCACUAGUUCUAAAGUUCAACUUCAGCUGCACGCACCAUGGCAUAUGAGCAGUGACUUUUCUCCAGAACUAUAAUGGCCACGUACUCUCGGCUCCCGGGAUCCGUUGCUCUGAUAACGCUUCAGAAUCCACCGGUCAAUGCGCUCAGUGCAGCGGUGCGACAGGGCAUAGUCGACACGGUGCAGAGGGCCCUGAAGGACCCAAAGGUAACAUCUGUAGUGAUCUGUGGACAGAAUGGGAAGUUCUGUGGAGGGGCGGACAUCAGGGAGUUUGCGGGGCCGAUGUUGGGGCCCCCCCUGGUGCCCCUGAUCCAUGCUAUAGAGGCUGUGGACAAGCCUGUGGCGGCAGCCAUCGAGGGGGUAGCACUGGGGGGAGGACUGGAGUUAGCACUGGGCUGUCACUAUCGCAUUGCACACUCCAAGGCUCUUCUAGGACUUCCAGAGGUGACCCUGGGUCUGCUGCCAGGCGCAGGAGGGACACAACGUCUUCCCAGACUCAUAGGAUUAACAGCUGCCCUGGACCUCAUCACUACAGGUCGCCAUGUCUCUGCUGCUGAGGCCCUGAAGCUGGGGAUCGUAGAUCAGGUUACCGAUAGCAACGCUGUGGACCAGGCCGUGGAGUUCGUCAGGAGCGUUGCAGGCCAUCCCCUGGACUCCCGUCGUCUGAGCACCCUGCCCUGCCCCUGCCCCCCAGACGUUGACUCCCUCUUGGACAAAGUCAUGGCCAAGGUCCGGCAGCGCUCCCGGGGUGCCCUGGCUCCGGUGGCCUGUGUUCAGGCUCUGAGGGCGGCUGCCUCCCUACCUUACACCCAGGGUAUGGAGAAGGAGAGGGACCUGAUGACCACCCUGUUCAACAGCGGCCAGGCCCGAGCUCUGCAGUAUGCCUUCUUCUCCCAGAGGGUGGUGGGGAAGUGGAGUCUGCCUAGUGGGGCGAGCUGGGACAACAGCACUGCCAGGACCAUCAGCAAAGCUGCUGUUAUUGGUCUGGGUACCAUGGGGCGUGGCAUCGUUGUGGCACUGGCUCUGACGGGCAUCUCUGUGGUUGCCGUGGAGACCCAAGAGAAGCAGCUGGCAGAGGCCAGUCAGGCGGUUCCGGCGAUGCUGCAGAGAGAGGCGGGGCGACGACGCUUGGCCACACCCCCAGGGGUUAUCUCCUUCAGCUCCAACUUGCAGGACGUUAGUGAGGUGGAGUUGGUGAUCGAGGCGGUGUUUGAGGACAUGUCCCUGAAGCUGCAGGUGUUUAGGCAUCUGACCUCAGUGUGUAGACCUGGGACCCUGCUCUGCUCCAACACCUCUGGCCUGGACAUCGACCAGCUAGCUGCCGUCACCCAGAGCCCUGGCCUGGUGGUGGGGAUGCAUUUCUUUGCGCCGGCCCACGUCAUGAAGCUGCUGGAGGUGGUGUGUGGUCCACGGUCAUCCCCGGAGGCGGUCGCCACGGCAAUGCAGCUGGGCAAGAGGAUGGGGAAAGUCAGCGUCGCCGUGGGCAACUGUCCGGGGUUUGUGGGUAACCGGAUGUUGAAGCCGUACCUGGAACAGGCCAACUUCCUGUUGGAGGAAGGAGCCACGCCCCAGCAGGUGGACGAUGCGCUGGAGGAGUUUGGAUUCCCCAUGGGCGUGUUCCGGAUGUCUGACCUAUCAGGGCUGGAUGUGGGAUGGAGGAUCAGGAAGGAGGCGGGGCUUACAUGGCCAGGGGUGGAGUCAACCAGGACACGCCAGGGCCGACGGUACAGCCCGCUACCUGACCAGAUGUGUGAGGCAGGCCGGCUGGGCCAGAAGACGGGGAAGGGAUGGUAUCAGUAUGACGGGCCUGGAGGCAGGGUGGCGCGGUCCGACCCCUGGGUACACAUCUUCCUGGAGACCUACAGGGCGGAGCACGGCCUGGUGGCCCGGAGCAUCGCCCCGCAGGAGAUCCUAGAACGCUGUCUCUACGUUCUGAUCAAUGAAGGCUUCAACAUCCUGCAGGAUGCCACGGCCGCCGGGCCGGAAGACAUCGACGCCAUCUAUGUGUUUGGGUACGGCUGGCCCCGGCACCACGGGGGACCCAUGUUCCAUGCAGGCCAGGUGGGAUUGGGCAGGAUCCUGGAGAGGCUGAACCACCACCACCACAACCACCCUGACGUGCCCCAUCUGAAGCCCAGCACGCUGCUGCGGAGGCUGGUCGCGGCGGGAAGUCCUCCGGUCCAGAAGUGGAGAGAGUUCAUCAACAAAGAAAGAGUACACAGUCAGCUCUGAGAUGCCCAAGUCUCACCUGGCAAUGUAACCCUGUGAUUAAAUAAUGUCUCACCUGGCAAUGCUACCCUGUGAUUACAUAACGUCUCACCUGUCAAUUCUACCCUGUGAUAAAAUAAUAACGUCUCACCUGUCAAUGCUACCCUGUGAUUAAAUAAUAACGUCUCACCUGUCAAUGCUACCCUGUGAUUAAAUAAUAACGUCUCACCUGUCAAUGCUACCCUGUGGUUAAAUAAUAACGUCUCACCUGUCAAUGCUACCCUGUGAUAAAAUAAUAACGUCUCACCUGUCAAUGCUACCCUGUGGUUAAAUAAUAACGUCUCACCUGUCAAUGCUACCCUGUGAUUAAAUAAUAACGUCUCACCUGUCAAUUCUACCCUGUGAUAAAAUAAUAACGUCUCACCUGUCAAUGCUACCCUGUGGUUAAAUAAUAACGUCUCACCUGUCAAUGCUACCCUGUGAUUAAAUAAUAACGUCUCACCUGUCAAUGCUACCCUGUGAUUACAUAAUAACGUCUCACCUGUCAA